GGACAUUUCAAAGGGGCAGAAGAGAUGACAGGAUCCCCGUCAGCUUGGGGCUAGCCCUGGAAUUUCUGCACCUCUGGGAACUGAGCCGAUAGCUGCAUUUGAACCCUCAUCUGCUGGGUGUAAAGAGAAAGGGAGCAGCAGGACGGCACCUUGGCACCUGGGGGCUGCUGCCAAAACCCAUCCUCUACCAAGGCAGCAGGGACCCUCCAGCUGGAACAAGCAUUCGGGGCGGCCGGGGGAAUCGAGGAAUCUGUGCCAUCAUGGGGGUAUUAUGGCUGGCCAGGUUCAUGCUGGGAUGUACAGCAGUUCUGUAUGUGGAACAAGCCCAGGGUCAAUAUGAAGGGGACUUGCAGACAGACAGAUUUGCAGGCUAUGAGGAAAGACAGCCAGCAAACAGAGUGCGAAGAAGAGGCCAAGACACUUUACGAGGACCCAAUGUCUGUGGCUCGAGGUUCCAUUCCUACUGCUGCCCCGGCUGGAAAACGCUGCCUGGAGGGAACCAGUGCAUCGUCCCCAUUUGCAGGAAUUCUUGUGGUGAUGGCUUUUGUUCACGGCCAAACAUGUGUACGUGCUCCAAUGGACAGCUUUCUCCCAACUGCGGCUCAGCUGGAGUCCAAACCUGCAAUGUGAGGUGCAUGAAUGGUGGGAGCUGCAAUGAGGAGUCCUGCCUGUGCCAGAAGGGCUACACUGGAACCUACUGUGGACAACCUGUCUGUGAAAACGGCUGUCAGAAUGGAGGUCGAUGCAUUGGGCCGAACCGUUGUGCUUGUGUCUAUGGAUUCACCGGUCCCCAGUGUGAGAGAGACUAUCGUACUGGUCCCUGCUUCAGCCAAGUGAAUAACCAGAUGUGCCAGGGCCAACUCAGCGGGAUCGUCUGCACCAAGACCAUGUGUUGUGCCACCAUUGGAAGGGCCUGGGGUCACCCGUGUGAGAUGUGCCCUGCUCAACCGCACCCCUGCCGCCGAGGUUUCAUUCCCAACAUUCGUACUGGAGCCUGCCAAGAUGUGGAUGAAUGCCAAGCCAUUCCUGGCCUCUGUCAAGGUGGAAACUGCAUCAACACAGUGGGCUCCUAUGAGUGCAAAUGCCCUGCGGGUCACAAGCAGAGCGAGACCAACCACAGAUGUGAAGAUGUGGACGAGUGUGGUGCAAUCUCUGGCGUGUGCGAUGGAGGGGAGUGCACCAACACAGCAGGCAGCUACGUGUGUACGUGUCCACGUGGCUUCAUGACCAGCCCUGAUGGAUCACGCUGCAUUGACCAGCGCAUCGGGGCGUGCUUCUCUGCGCUGAUCGGGGGCCGCUGUGCCGGGGACCUUCCUGGCCAGUACACCAAGAUGCAGUGCUGCUGCGACUCCGGGCGCUGCUGGGCCAUCGCUCAGACCCCAGAGAUGUGCCCUGUCCGCGGCUCUGAUGAGUACCGCAGGCUCUGCAUCGAAGGACUCCCAGUCGUGCCAGGGUUCCCUGGGAACUUUCCAGCAAUUCCUGGAUUCGGGCCCAACGGUGUUGGGCCAGGACUCAAUGGGCCUGGAGGCAUUGGACCAAAUGGGGCAAACGGACAAGGCGGGAUCCCCGGUCUGCCUGGAAUGGGCGCAGGAAGCUCCAGCAUUGGAACUGCCACUUUGAAUCAGACCAUUGACAUCUGCAAGCAUUUCACUAACCUCUGCCUGAACGGGCGCUGCAUCCCCACCCCAUCCAGCUACCGCUGCGAGUGCAACAUGGGCUACAAGCAGGACGUGCGCGGGGAGUGCAUUGAUGUGGAUGAGUGCUCCAGCAGCCCCUGCGUGCAUGGUGACUGCGUGAACACACCGGGCUCCUACCACUGCAAGUGCCAUGAGGGCUUCCAGAGCACCCCAACAAAGCAGGCUUGCAUUGAUAUCGAUGAGUGCAUCAUGAACGGGGUGAUGUGUAGGAACGGCCGCUGUGUUAACACUGAUGGAAGCUUCCAGUGUAUCUGCAAUGCAGGCUUUGAAAUCACCCCUGAUGGCAAGAACUGUGUUGAUCAUGAUGAAUGUGCCACGACCAACAUGUGCCUCAAUGGGAUGUGUAUCAAUGAGGAUGGCAGCUUCAAGUGCAUCUGCAAGCCUGGUUUCGUGCUGGCUCCCAAUGGGCGGUACUGUGUCGACAUCGACGAGUGUGAGACACCAGGGAUCUGCAUGAAUGGCUGGUGCAUCAACACAGAGGGCUCCUUCCGCUGCGAGUGCCUGGGGGGCCUGGCCAUCGGCGUGGAUGGACGGGUCUGUGUGGACACCCACAUGCGCAGCACCUGCUACGGAGGCAUUAAGAAGGGCACAUGUGCUCGUCCCUUCCCAGGGGCAGUCACCAAGUCUGAGUGCUGCUGCGCUAACCCGGACCAUGGCUUUGGAGAGCCCUGCCAGCCCUGUCCAGCCAAGAACUCUGCUGAAUUCCAGGCGCUCUGCAGCAGUGGCAUUGGAAUAACAGCUGAUGGCAGAGACAUCAAUGAAUGUGCCCUCAACCCUGACAUCUGCCCCAAUGGCAUGUGCGAGAACCUGCGCGGGAGCUACCGCUGCAUCUGCAACCUGGGCUACGAGUCCGAUCCCACGGGCAAGAACUGUGUGGAUGUUGAUGAAUGCACUGUCAAUCGCCUGCUGUGUGACAAUGGACUGUGCCGCAACACACCCGGCAGCUACACCUGCACCUGCCCCAAGGGCUUCGUCUUCAGGACGGAGACAGAUACCUGUGAAGAUAUCAAUGAGUGCACCUCUAACCCCUGUGUGAACGGUGUCUGCAGGAACAAUGCUGGCUCCUUUGCCUGUGAGUGCUCCCCUGGCAGCAAGCUGGACCCCAGCGGCACCAUCUGUGUGGACAGCAUGAAAGGGACGUGCUGGUUGAACAUCCAGGAUGGGCGCUGCGAGGUGAACAUCAAUGGGGCCACCCUGAAAUCCGAGUGCUGUGCCACGCUGGGGGCAGCGUGGGGCAGCCCCUGUGAGCGCUGCGAGAUCGAUACUGCCUGUCCCCGAGGAUAUGCUAGGAUGAAGGGGGUCACGUGUGAAGAUGUGAAUGAGUGCGAGGUCUUCCCUGGUGUCUGCCCAAAUGGGCGCUGUGUGAACACUGCUGGCUCCUUUCGGUGCGAGUGUCCAGAAGGACUGACCCUCGAUGGCACUGCUAGGACAUGUGUGGAUGUGCGUGUGGAGCAGUGCUACAUGAAAUGGGAUGAAGAUGAGUGCACGGAGCCUCUGCCAGGCAAGUACCGCAUCGACAUGUGCUGCUGCUCCGUGGGCUCAGCCUGGGGCAUCGACUGUGAAGAAUGUCCCAAGGUUGGCUCCAGUGAGUACAAGGCCAUCUGCCCAAGGGGACCCGGCUUCGCCAACCGAGGAGACGUGCUUUCAGGAAGGCCUUUCUACAAAGAUGUGAAUGAAUGUAAGGUCUUCUCCGGCUUGUGCACUCAUGGGACCUGUCGAAACACCAUUGGCAGCUUCAGGUGUCUCUGUGGCAACGGCUUUGCUUUGGAUGCUGAAGAAAGGAACUGCACAGACAUCGACGAGUGCCGCAUCUCACCAGACCUGUGUGGCCAUGGCACCUGUGUCAACACGCCAGGCAGCUUCGAGUGCGAGUGCUUCGAAGGCUACGAGAGCGGCUUCAUGAUGAUGAAGAACUGCAUGGAUAUCAAUGAGUGUGAGCGGGACCCACUGCUGUGCAGAGGUGGGAUCUGCAUGAACACAGAUGGCAGCUUCGAAUGCAUCUGCCCCCCUGGACAUGAGCUGACAUCUGAAGGGAACACUUGCAUAGAUAUCAACGAAUGCUCCCUCAGUGACAACCUGUGUCGCAAUGGACGCUGCGUCAACGUCAUUGGUACCUACCAGUGUGCUUGUGAUUCGGGUUUCCAGGCCACCCUGGACAGGCAGGGCUGUGUUGACAUUGAUGAGUGCACCAUCACCAACGGCGGCUGUGACACACACUGCUCCAACUCGGAGGGCAGCUACGAAUGCAGCUGCAGUGAAGGCUAUGCUCUGAUGCCAGACAAGAGAUCGUGUGCAGAUAUUGAUGAAUGUGAGGAUAAUCCAGACAUCUGUGAUGGGGGGCAGUGCACUAACAUCCCUGGGGAGUACCGCUGCCUCUGCUUCGAUGGCUUCAUGGCAUCCCUGGAUAUGAAGACCUGUAUCGACGUGAAUGAAUGUGAUCUCAACCCUAACAUCUGCCUGCAUGGCGAGUGUGAAAACACGAAGGGCUCCUUCAUCUGUCACUGCCAGCUGGGCUACUUUGUCAAGAAGGGAACCACAGGCUGCACAGACAUUGAUGAGUGUGAGAUUGGGGCUCACAACUGUGACAUGCAUGCCUCCUGCAUCAACGUGCCUGGGAGCUUCAAAUGCAAGUGUCGUACAGGCUGGCUUGGAGAUGGGCUGAAGUGCAACGACCUGGAUGAGUGUGCCACUGAAGAGCACAAGUGCAACCUCAACGCCAACUGUGUCAACACGCCAGGCUCCUACCGCUGCGCCUGCCGGGAAGGCUUCAAUGGGGAUGGCUUCUCCUGCUCUGAUGUGGACGAGUGUGCAGACAACGUGAACCUGUGUGAGAAUGGCCAAUGCCUCAAUGCGCCCGGGGGUUACCGCUGCGAGUGCGAGAUGGGCUUCAACCCCACAGAGGACAGCAAGGCCUGCCAGGACAUUGAUGAAUGCACCUUCCAGAACAUCUGUGUCUUUGGGACCUGCCAGAACCUGCCUGGGAUGUUCCGGUGCGCCUGUGAUGAAGGCUAUGAACUGGACAGGAGUGGAGGCAACUGCACAGACAUCAACGAAUGUGCAGACCCUGUGAACUGCAUCAACGGCCUGUGUGUCAACACCCCUGGCAGCUACCUCUGCAACUGUCCACAGGACUUUGAGCUGAACCCCACUGGGGUGGGCUGUGUGGAUACCCGUGUUGGGAACUGCUUCCUCGACACCCAGGAUCGAGGAGAUGGGGGGAUCUCCUGCAGCGCAGAGAUUGGAGUUGGGGUCACCCGGGCAUCCUGCUGCUGCUCGCUGGGGCGUGCGUGGGGCAACCCUUGUGAGCUUUGUCCUCCAGCCAACACAACUGAAUACAAGACCUUGUGCCCUGGAGGGGAAGGUUUCCGACCCAACCCCAUCACUGUCAUCCUGGAAGAUAUCGACGAGUGCCAGGAGCUGCCGGGCCUCUGCCAGGGGGGCAACUGUGUGAAUACCUUUGGGAGCUUCCAGUGCGAGUGCCCCCUUGGCUACUACCUCAAUGAGGACACGCGCAUCUGUGAAGAUAUUGAUGAGUGCUCUGCUCACAUCGGGAUCUGUGGCCCCGGGACCUGCUACAACACCCUUGGCAACUACACCUGCGUGUGCCCCCCUGAGUACAUGCAAGUCAACGGAGGAAAUAACUGCAUGGACAUGAGGAAGAGCGUGUGCUACCGCAACUACAACGACACGUGUGAGAACGAGCUCUCCUUCAACAUGACCAAGAAGAUGUGCUGCUGCUCCUACAACAUUGGCAAAGCCUGGAACAAGCCGUGCGAGCCCUGCCCCACACCGGCCAGCCCUGAAUACCAGAUCCUGUGUGGGAACCAGGCUCCUGGGUUUAUCAUCGACAUCCACACAGGAAAGCCGAUUGAUAUUGAUGAGUGCAGUGAGAUCCCUGCUAUCUGCACCAAUGGUGUCUGCAUCAACCAGAUUGGCAGCUUCAGGUGCGAGUGUCCCAUUGGAUUCAGCUACAACAACAUCCUGCUCAUCUGUGAAGACAUUGAUGAAUGCAGCAGUGGGGAGAACCUCUGCCAGCGCAACGCCGACUGCAUCAACAUCCCGGGCAGUUACAGGUGCGAGUGCUCAACCGGAUACAAGCUGUCGCCUAGCGGAGCCUGCGUGGGUCGCAACGAAUGCCAGGAGAUCCCCAACGUCUGCAGCCACGGGGACUGCGUGGACACCGAGGGCAGCUACGUCUGCAUCUGCCACAACGGCUUCAAGGCCACGGGGGAGCAGACCAUGUGCAUGGAUAUCGAUGAGUGUGACCGGCAGCCCUGUGGAAAUGGGACCUGCAAGAACACGGUUGGCUCCUACAACUGCCUCUGCUUCCCUGGCUUCGAGCUGACACACAACAACGACUGCAUGGACAUUGAUGAGUGCUCGUCCCUGGUGGGGCAGGUGUGUCGGAACGGCCAGUGCAUCAACAGCAUCGGCUCCUUCCAGUGCCUGUGCCAAGAGGGGUAUGACCGGACCCCUGACGGGAAGAACUGUGUAGAUAUCAACGAGUGUGUGAGCCUGCCUGGGACCUGCUCCCCGGGUACCUGCCAGAACCUGGAGGGCUCCUUCCGCUGUAUCUGCCCCCCCGGCUACGAGGUGCAGAACGACAACUGCAUCGAUAUUAACGAGUGUGAAGAGGAGCCCAACAUCUGCCUCUUUGGGACGUGCACCAAUACCCCUGGCAGCUUCCAGUGUGUGUGUCCUCCGGGCUUCGUGCUGUCCGACAACGGCCGGCGGUGCUUUGAUACUCGCCAGAGCUUCUGCUUCACUCGCUUUGACAACGGGAAGUGCUCUGUCCCCAAGGCCUUCAACACCACCAAGGCUCGCUGUUGCUGCAGCAAGAUGCCAGGAGAAGGCUGGGGAGACCCUUGUGAGCUGUGCCCGCAGGAAGGGAAUGUUGCCUUCCAGGAGCUGUGUCCAUACGGCCAUGGAGCUAUCCCAGGCCCGGGUGACACCCGAGAAGAUGUCAAUGAGUGCUCAGAGAACCUGGGUGUCUGCAUAAAUGGGGCCUGCAUCAACACUGAUGGGUCAUUCCGCUGUGAGUGCCCCUUUGGGUAUAACCUGGACUACACAGGAGUCAACUGUGUGGACACUGAUGAGUGCUCCAUUGGCAAUCCCUGUGGGAAUGGCACCUGCACCAACGUGGUGGGAGGCUUCGAGUGCGCCUGUGACGAGGGCUUUGAGCCAGGUCCCAUGAUGACAUGUGAAGAUAUCAAUGAGUGCUCACUGAACCCUCUGCUCUGCGCCUUCCGCUGCAUCAACACCUUUGGCUCCUAUGAGUGCACAUGCCCGUCCGGAUACGCCCUGCGAGAAGACAGAAGAAUGUGCAGAGAUCUGGAUGAGUGUGCAGAGGGGCUGCACGACUGCGAGUCCCGAGGGAUGCUGUGCAAGAACCUCAUCGGCACCUUCAUGUGCAUCUGCCCACCAGGGAUGCAGCGCAGGCCCGAUGGAGAGGGCUGCACAGAUGAGAACGAGUGUCGCACCAAGCCUGGGAUCUGCCCCAACGGCCGCUGCGUCAACACGGUGGGAAGUUACCGCUGUGACUGCAAUGAAGGUUUUGAAGUCAGCCCCUCUGGCACAGAGUGUAUUGACACCCGCCAAGGAUUCUGCUUCACUGAAGUACUGCAAACCAUGUGCCAGAUGUCCUCCACCAACCGCAACCUGGUCACCAAAUCUGAGUGCUGCUGCAACAGUGGGCGCAGCUGGGGCCCCCAGUGCGAGCUCUGCCCCCUUCCUGGAACUGCCCAGUACAAGAAAAUGUGUCCUCAUGGGCCAGGGUACUCCACUGAUGGCAGAGACAUCGAUGAGUGCAAGGUGCUGCCCAACCUCUGCAAGAAUGGACAGUGCAUCAACAGCAUCGGCUCCUUCCGCUGCCACUGCAGGCUGGGCUACACCGCGGACAUCACCGGCACCGCCUGUGUGGAUUUGGAUGAGUGCAACCAGUCCCCCAAGCCGUGUAACUUCAUUUGCAAGAACACAGAAGGCAGCUACCAGUGCUCCUGCCCCCGAGGGUACAUUCUGCAAGAAGAUGGGAAGAUCUGCAAAGACUUGGAUGAAUGUUCCACCAAGCAGCACAACUGCCAGUUCCUCUGUGUGAACAUUAUCGGGGGAUUCAACUGCAAGUGUCCCCCCGGCUUCACUCAGCACCACUCAUCCUGCAUCGACAAUAACGAGUGCACGGCUCAGCCCUCUCUGUGCGGAGCCAAGGGCCAGUGCCUGAACACACCAGGCAGCUACAACUGCGAGUGCCAGAAAGGAUUCUCCCUGGACAGCUCUGGAGUCAACUGCGAAGAUGUGGACGAGUGUGAUGGAAACCACCGGUGCCAGCAUGGGUGCCAGAACGUGCUCGGGGGGUACCGCUGCGGCUGCCCACAGGGCUACGUGCAGCACUACCAGUGGAACCAGUGUGUCGAUGAAAACGAGUGCUCCAGCCCCACUGCCUGCGGCUCUGCCUCCUGCUACAACACUCUGGGAAGCUUCAAGUGUGUCUGUCCAUCGGGCUUUGAUUUUGACCAGGCCUUUGGUGGGUGCCAGGAUGUGGAUGAAUGCUCAGCAGGCGGCAGCCCCUGCAGUUACGGCUGCUCCAACACUGACGGAGGUUACCUCUGUGGAUGUCCUGGAGGCUACUUCCGAGCAGGACAAGGACACUGCAUUUCUGGCUUGGGUUUUGGGAAGGGCUCCUACCUUCCUGCCCCGCAAGAAGAGGAUGAGGACAACUUGCUCUCCCCUGAAACCUGCUAUGAGUGCAAGAUAAAUGGGUACCACAAGAGGGGUCGGCAGCGACGCAGUGUCAAUGGCACUGAGAAGCACCAGGACCACACUGUGAACUUGGCCAGCAUGGACGUGGAUGCUCCUCUGUCCAUGAUGCUGAACCUCUCUGACCUGGCUCACAAGGAGCACAUCCUGGAGCUCCUGCCGGCUGUGGAGCCGCUGGAGAACCGCGUGCGGUACCUCAUCUCCCACGGGAACGAGGAUGGCUACUUCCGCAUCCACCAAAAGGAGGGGCUCAGCUUCCUGCACCUCGGCCGCAAGAAGAUCCUGCCGGGCACCUACCUGCUGGAGAUCGUGAGCGUGCCCCUGUACCGCAAGAGGGAACUGCAGAAACUGGAGGCCAAGAACCACCUCAACUACUUAGCAGGGGAGCUGGGCCAAGCACUGAGGAUGAAGCUUCAGCUCCAGCUCUACUAACAUCCAUGAGAUCCACCCGCCCAACCGACAGUCCAGUCCUUCGCCUUGCCAUCCACCUCUGGAAACAACUGCCUCCUCUCUCGCUGCACCCCCUGCCACCGUCGCCCCCACUGCACUGUGCAACUGAUGGGAAACG